ACCCGUGUCUCCAAAUUCGAGAACUAAGCUUUAAACACACUUGAAAAUGGCGUGGAAUAAAAAAGAAAGAAAGAAAAAUGGUGUUUCGAGAGUGCUGUUUUUUUCGAAACCUACCCCAGGGUCCUCCCUAAAGGAGGUCCCUUUUUUUCCACAGAACUUGGUUGCGUCAAAUGCAUUGCGUAACACAGCCUCUUUGACCAAACACCUUCUCCCCCGAGUCCACUGAAAAUAUUAUUUCUCGCCUCGGGAGAAAUGACAGAUUGAAUAGAUGAUAAUCUGAGAUUGUGAGGUUGUGAGUGCUGUGAUUGGCCGUGGUGAUCUGGGUAACACGAAUUUUCACCAGCCAGUCAGCGGAGUACGCCAAAAAACUAAAAAUGCAACAUGGGGGCCAGAAUUUCACGAGCAACUCGUUUUAUAAAAAAACCUCUUGAAACACAACGGAGAGUGGAUAAAAUACUGGAAAACAAACCAAAAGUAGCUCCAAGUCAUCCCAGCUCCCAGGCUGUAUUAGCUGAUGCGCGAAAACAAAAUGAAGAACUGUUUAAAGAAAGAGAUAGAAAAGAUGAUGAGUUCUUAGGUCGACUCAAAGAUUUCAAAAUUGAUACACUGGAAGCUCCAGCACAAAUGCCAAUCACGAGAAGCGCCGAAACAAAAAGGAGUUUACCCAUGUCUCGUGAGUCACGGGGUCCUGCUGAAAUCGGCCAGGUGCCCAAGGGGAAAAUAACCAACGUUCAGUUGUCGGAACUGUUUGCGAAAAGACUGGAGGAUCCCGACACAUGGACAGCAGAGACGCUUGCUAAACAUUACCAACUCGACCAGGAGGCCUUGUCUGCGGUUUUGAAAUUUUAUAGUGACUACGCAAUUGUUAAGAAAAGAGACUUGCCCAGACCGGAGGAGCCGAAGUUUCUUGGUUGACAUGGUUGAUAUGGACCUAUAUCUGCUGCGGCCGGUGAAUAUGGAUUGAUGUCGCAUGGCAGGGAAACAAUUUACGGUAUCAUAUGAUUGGUUACUUAACAGUGUCGAUAUCCGUUGAUCAGCUCCUUGGGAAAAAAAAAAGACAACGCUGUGUGGGGAAAUUUUGGUAUGAACUCCAAGUUACUCAAAUUUGUGUCUUGUUCUCUUCAGUUUGACUGAUUUCGAUCGUUUCCGUUUGGAUAGUAAAAAAAUGUUGCAUCGGUGGUAGAACGUUCGAGUGCAGUCGAUGGUUUGGUGGUGACAAAAGUCAAUUCAAUCAUGGCAAAUAUUAUAUCUCGGUAUCUUUCACCACUUUAAUAGUCAAACUUUACAGAAACACCGCCAACUGCUAGUUUUCUUUGGUGAAAAAAAAAACAUACUCUGAGCGGUCAACCUUACCUUUUAACCUUUUACUGAA